AAACCACUCAAGCCUUCGAUCAGACUAGAGAAGCUUGUAGCUUCUCAUUUUCAUUAUCUUCUCUAUAUACCUGUAAUCAUUGGGAGCCAUAAGGAGGUUCCAAUGCAGGUUCUCCCCAUUUCUCGAGGGGCACUUCUGUGCUUCUGGGUGUCCUUGCUAUUUUCUGCAAGCUUCUGCCAUGGAAGUGUUCAGAAAGUUGAGGUAGUUGGAAUUGGAGAAUGUGCAGACUGUAAGCAGAGGAAUAUUAAGACCAGCCAAGCCUUUUCAGGUCUUCGUGUUACAAUUGACUGCAAGCUAGCAAAUGGAGCGUUCAAAACAAGGGCAGUUGGGGAGCUUGAUGAAGAAGGAAAAUUCAAGGUCUCCCUCCCUGAGGAGAUUGUAAAAGAUGGAGAGUUAAAAGAGGAAUGCUUUGCACAGCUUCACAGCGCAUCAGCUACACCAUGCCCUGCCCACAAUGGCCUAGAGAGCUCCAAGCUGAUCUUGAAGACUAAAGUUGAUGGCAAGCAUACAUUUGGCCCUGCUGGAAAACUGAAGUUCUCACCAGCUACCUGCACUUCAGCCUUCUUAUGGCCUUACUACAAGCACCCGCAGCUUCCCAAAGUCUCAUGGCCCAAAUUGCCACCCUAUUCCAAAUCUCAUCCAUGGUAUAAGCCCAUGCCCAAGAUCUACCUUCCACCUAUCAAAUUUCCUCCACUCCCACCAAAGGUCUAUCCUCCUUUCACAUACCCUCCACUCCCACCAAAGGUUUUCCCUCCUCUACCACCAAAAGUCUUCCCUCCACCAGUGCCAAUCUAUAAGAAACCGCUACCACCCCCUGUGCCAGUGUACAAGAAGCCAUUACCACCCCCAGUACCAGUAUACAAGAAGCCGUUACCACCCCCCGUACCAGUAUACAAGAAGCCGCUUCCACCCCCAGUGCCAGUAUACCAGAAGCCAUUACCACCCCCAGUACCAGUAUACAAGAAGCCGCUUCCACCCCCAGUGCCAAUAUACAAGAAGCCGCUCCCACCCCCAGUGCCAAUAUACAAGAAGCCGCUCCCACCCCCAGUGCCAAUAUACAAGAAGCCGCUCCCACCCCCAGUGCCAAUAUACAAGAAGCCGCUCCCACCCCCAGUGCCAGUAUACAAGAAGCCGCUCCCACCCCCAGUGCCAAUAUACAAGAAGCCACUACCACCCCCAGUGCCAGUGUACAAGAAACCGCUUCCCCCACCUGUUCCAGUUUAUAAGAAGCCACUUCCUCCACCUGUUCCAGUUUAUAAGAAGCCACUUCCUCCGCCAGUCCCAGUAUAUAAGAAGCCGUGUCCUCCAGAAAUUCCUAAGAUCCUUCCACCACCAAUACCAAUAUACAAAAAGCCGCUUCCACCUCUUGUUCCAAUCUACAAGCCAAUUCCACCUAUCUCCAAACCUCUUCCUCCAUUUCCUCCAAUUUAUAAGAAGCCAUGGCCACCCAUUCCUCAAGUCCCUCCUCUUCCUAAAUUUCCUCCUGUCCACAAGUUUCCUCCAAAGUACUUCCACCACCCCAAGUUUGGAUUUGGUUCUCCUGUACCACCUUAUUCUUCUCAUCCAUAGGUUAUCCUAGUUUACUUUCCAUGAUCAUUGUUUCAUAAGGAAGAGAUUGGCAUGCAUUGUUGGUACUAGAAUAAGUUAAGCCUCCAUGGUAGAGAGUACAUGAGAGUGGGAGAAAGACAAAACCUGAAUCGUUGUUAAUUAUUUCCAGUAAUGAAAUGAAUAUGUAUGUGUGGAUUGUUCUUAUUAUCACAUUAUGGCCUCUGAACCUUGUAAAUGUUCUAUGGUCUGUGAAUGCAUCUAUGGAAUAUUAAUAUGUUCACUUAAAUGAAAACAAUAGUAUUUUCA